AAGGCCCGCCCCUUCCGGCCUGUUGCUCUGCAGCCUCGCGCAGGAGUAAACAAAAACAGAAAAGGCACCUCACCGAAGGCGGCUUUUCCGAAGCGGGCGCGGGGGGCCGAGAGGUGGCUUUAGGGCGCAUGCGUUGUGGAGAAGCUGAGAGGCUUCCGUAGAGGCCUCUGUGUCUAUGGUGAGCCGCGAAGGGUAGAGCGGCUGCGGAGAAAACCAGGAUGGCGGCGCUGAGCGUUCGCGUAAGUAAAGGGAGAUGCGUGUUACGUAUGUAGGCAUUUGUUGAAUUCGUGCCCCCCGCUUCUACUCCAAGGAGCUCAGGGUGGAGCGCAUAGUCCUCCUGGUUUAAUCCCCACAACACCAACCCUGCGAGGUGGGCUAGGCUGAGAUUGAGAGGCAGCGACUGGCCCCCAAGGUCACGGCUUCCCCGAAUCCUAGUCCGACUCCCCAACCGUCGCAUCAGCAGCGGCUCCGUCGUAACGGAGUGGUGGGUCGGACGCUGCUGCUGCUGCCGCCGCCCUUGUUUGCCUUACGCCGCUUCCCUGCCUGUUUGUCUCGCAGCGCCUCUUUCUGCUCCCUGCCUGCGUCCUCCGCUCGUCGAAGUGCUGCUACCGCGGGGACUCUCCUUCUGACUCCGGGCGGGAUCUGCUGGAGAUCCCUCUGCCGCCUUGGCAGGCCCGGCCCCACGAAGCCCCGGCGAGGAAGCGCGCGAGGCUGCUGUACGAGAGCCGCAAGAGGGGCAUGCUGGAGAACUGCCUCCUGCUCAGGUGAGCCGCCGCCUUCUGUUCUGCCUUUCCUAAACCACCUCGUUGUUUUCAACUUGGACUUGUUUCCUGGUAACCAUAUUAAGAAUCGUGUCUUUAAAAUUCCCACACUCCAGUAUUUCUCCCCCUCUUUUAGUAUAUUUUUUUCUAUUAUUAUUUCACUUUAUAAUGUAUAUAAAACAGAGAUAAGAAUGAUGAAACUACUGUAUGUUCUCUGGGCAGUUUAAACUGAUAAAAUGCAACUGGAAAUUUAGCUGGAAAACAGUGAGUACAAAAUCAUUGUUGUCUUUCUCCAUAUUGUGCAUCAUUUUAUAAACCUACAUUUUUAAAAAAAGAAAUGUUGUUCUCUCCUUGCACUUGGAAAUACCCUUAUCCAAGGACAGCGCUAGGAAGCAUUGUUAUGAAAUAGUGAAUAUCAGCUUAUAGAGGAAAAAGGAGAAGAUUGUCCAUUCUGUUUUCUCUUGGUUAUCAAGGAUAUAGUCAGACAUUGGUUUAUCUUGAUCUGGUAGAGGGAACCUGGGGCUGAAUGUGGUCUCCCCUCUGGGCCCCUCUAUCCAGCUUCUGGGACUCUUCUCCAAAGGCCACACCCCUCAGUAGCCCUGCUCCUCAUUGCUUUUGCCUGGACCUUGAACUGUAACAAUGCCUUUUGUUUGUCUGAAUGGGUGUGCAGAAAUUUCUGACACUUGCAUAGCUGGAAUGUAGUAUCUUUAUUACAAUGUUGUAUCUGUAUCUUUUUUUCUACCUAGUUUGGUUUUCCCAGUAUGCUUUUUUAUUGUUUCCCAUAGUUUCUUUGCCAAAGAGAAUCUGAAUCGAAUGAAUGAGCAACAGCUGGAUCUUUAUGAUCGCCUGAUUAAUGAGCCCAGCAAUGAUUGGGAUAUCUACUACUGGGCAACAGGUAAAGCAAAACACUGUAUUUUGGGGUCACUUGCUAUUGGCUUUUAUGUGACUUGGGGGGCGUGUCUUAUGAAGGGCAUUUCACAAUAUAAAAACUUAAAAAUAAACAACAUAGUAACAAACAAAAACAAUAACCCCCCUGCACACAGUUAAAAAGGCCAAAGGCCUGGGAGAACGGGAAUGUUUUUGCCUGAUGCCUAAAGAUAUGUAAAUGAAGACAUCAGGCAAGCCCCUUUGGGGAGAACAUUCCACAAGUGGGGAGCCGUCACAGAAAAUGCUUGUUCUCAUGCUGCUGCCCUCUGGACCACACACAGCAGCACAGUACACGUAAUAUUUCGACCUCUGUCCUGAAAAGGUGUGUGAUUGUCCUAGAAGGCUGUCACUGACAAUCCGAAAUACAGUUUUAGCUAUGAGCAUCUAAAAAUUGUCAUGUUCACCAUAUAAACAUCCCAACUCUAGCAGUCAGGCUGAUCAAGAGUAUAACUAAUGUAUAUACCUUUAAAACAUAUGUAUUUUUAUUUGCAGUAAGCCCUUUUUGAAUUUAGUAGAACUUAACAUCCUCCUUAACAAGUAUAGUUUUAGGUUGCAGAACUGCUGUAUAGUUAAUGAUAAUACAGUGGUACCUCGGGUUAAGAACUUACUUUGUUCUGGAGGUCCGUUCUUAAGCUGAAACUGUUAUUAACCUGAAGCACCACUUUAGCUAAUGGGGCCUCCUGCUGCUGCUGUGCCGCUGCUGCGCAAUUUCUGUUCUCAUCCUGAAGCAAAGUUCUUAACCCGAGGUACUAUUUCUGGGUUAGCAGCAUCUGUAACCUGAAGCGUCUGUAACCUGAGGUACCACUGUAUAUUAUAUAUUUUAUGGCAGGGGUGGGGAACUGGAUCUGGCUAGUAGGCCAAUACUCUGCUUCCCACGGGCCAACUUUGACAGAUGCAUAGGACCACCCAACUGUCAGUCACCUGAUGGCAUAAUACAUCAAAUGACACCUAUCAACAUUCAAAUGGGUUACUAUACAACAAUCUUAUUUGAAGAUGCACUUUCAGCACCAAUUAGCUGACGAGCAUUACAGGGAACCUUUGAAGUCCAUUUGGAGGUAGCAAUUAGGAUUCAAAGUGUUUGCUCCAAACAGCUAGUUGUUUUUUCUCUCCAAAGGGGAAAAUGCUCUGUUUGGAGUGCCACUGACUCGUAGCAGGGCUCCCUGUCUGCAUUAAUCAGCUGAUUGGUGCUGACAGAGAACCCUUCUUUCGAAGAAAUAAUUUGAGAACUCAUUUUAAACUCCUGAUUGUUCUUUUCUUGCCUAUACCUGCCCCAUUUCACUUACGACGUCUUGUGGGUUGUGGGCAACAGCCUCAUGUGACCUGCACCAGCCUACCGUAUUUUUCGCUCGAUAACACGCACCCGACCAUAACAUGCAUGUAGUUUGUAGAGGAAAACAAUAAUAAUAAUAAUAAUAAUAAAUUUUAUUUAUAUCCCGCCCUCCCCAGCCAAAGCCAGGCUCAGGGCGGCUAACAACAAACAAAUAAUCAAACAAUCAAAUAAUCCAACAUUCUAAAACAUUUCAUUAUAAAAUUAAUUAAAAUCAAAUUAAUGGCAACCGUUAAGCAAAGUUCUGUGCAGGUUGCCGGAGGUGGGAGUCAGGCUGGGCCCUGACCAAAGGCCUGGUGGAACAACUCUGUCUUGCAGGCCCUGCGGAAAGAUGUCAGGUCCCGCAGGGCCCUAGUCUCUUGUGACAGAGCGUUCCACCAGAUUGGAGCCGCAGCCGAGAAAGCCCUGGCUCUAGUUGAGGCCAGCCUAACCUCUCUGAGGCCUGGGACCUUCAGGAUGUUUUUAUUUGCAGACCGUAGGUUCCUCUGUGGGGCAUACCAGGAGAGGCGGUCCCGUAGGUACGAGGGUCCUAGGCCGUAUAGGGCUUUAAAGGUUAAAACCAGCACCUUAAACCUGAUCCUGUACUCCACCGGGAGCCAGUGCAGCUGGUAUAGUACCGGAUGAAUGUGAUCUCGCAGCGAAGACCCCAUAAGGAGUCUCGCCGCGGCAUUCUGCACCCGCUGGAGUUUCUGGGUCAGUCUCAAGGGCAGUAGAGCGAGUUACAAUAAUCCAGUCUGGAGGUGACCGUCGCGUGGAUCACAGUGGCUAGGUCAGGGCGAGAGAGAUAAGGGGCCAACUGCUUAGCUUGGCGGAGAUGAAAAAAUGCCGCCUUUGUUAUAGCUGUAAUCUGCGCCUCCAUAGAGAGGGGGGUAUCGAAGAUUACACCCAAACUCUUAACGGACGGUGCUGGCACUAAUUGCACCCCCGCAAGAGAUGGGAGUUGCCCACAAUCCCAUAUCGUCCCGUCCCAGCCAGAGGACCUCUGUCUUCGAAGGAUUUAACUUCAACCGGCUUCCGCGUAACCAUCCAGCCACAGCUUCCAAACAUCUGGUCAGUGUGUCUGGGGCCGAGUCAGGAUGGCCAUCCAUCAACAGAUAGAGUUGGGUGUCAUCGGCAUACUGAUGGCAACCCAGCCCAAAACUCCGGACAAGCUGGGCGAGGGGGCGCAUAAAGAUGUUAAAAAGCAUCGGGGAGAGUAUCGCACCCUGAGGCACUCCACACACCAAGGAGUGGCGGGAUGACAAUUCCCCCCCAAGCGCCACCCUCUGUCCCUGACCGGAGAGAAACGAGCGCAGCCAUUGAAGGACUGUGCCCUGGAUCCCCACGUCGGCAAGGCGGUGGUCCAGGAGUUCGUGAUCAACCAUGUCGAAGGCUGCUGACAGGUCUAGAAGAAUCAGCAGCCCCGACCCGCCUCGAUCCAGCUGCCUGCGGAGAUCAUCUGUUAGGGCGACCAGAGCCGUCUCGGUCCCAUGACCAGCGCGGAAGCCAGACUGGAAUGGAUCCAGAGCCGAUGUUUCAUCCAGAAACCUACCAAGCUGUUCAGCAACCGCUCUCUCAAUCACCUUACCCAGGAAUGGAAGAUUCGAAACCGGCCGGUAAUUGGAUAGAUCUAAAGGAUCUAAGGAUGUUUUCUUUAAGAGCGGGCGCACCACUGCCUCCUUCAGUUCCCCUGGGACUAUCCCGGUGCCAAGGGACAAAUUGAUGAUACCCCCCAGGGGGGCCCGCACCUCGUCUGGACACGCUCUAAUCAGCCAAGACGGGCACGGGUCAAGAGGACAGGUGGUGGGCUUUCCAGCUCGGAGGAGUCUGUCCACAUCGGCUGGGGAUAUCCGAUCAAAGUGGUCCAAUACUGGACCCGAGGACAGUCGAGGGGCCUCCAGUUCCUUUAUUGUAUCCAAAUUGGCAGGGAGGUCAUGGCGGAGCAACAGGACCUUCUCCGCACAAAAGCUCGCAAAUGCCUCACAGCUGUGUGUCAGAUUGUUAUUUAAAUUUGGCUGUCCUUCAAGGGACGUUAAAGACCUAAUUAUACUAAAUAAUUGCGCCGGGCGAGAGCUAGCGGAUGCAAUGGAGGCCGAAGUAAGACUUCUUCGCAGCCUUCACCGCCAUCUCGUAGGUUUUCAUUAAAACCCUAUAAGAUGUUCUUGAGGCUCCGUCACGGGCACCCCGCCAUACUCGCUCUAGCCGUCUUAGGUCCCGCUCAUUUUCCGAAGCUCCUCGGUAAACCAGGGAGCCCGGUUUCUGCGGAGUCGCAGAGGGCGCUUAGGUGCGAUCUCAUCUAUGGCUGCCAGGAGCUGGGUAUUCCAGCCCUCAACAAGCUCAGUCAAUGAGUCGCCAGGGGAGCAAGGUCCCGCAAGGCUUGACGGAAUCUAUCAGGGUCCAUCAGCCUCUGCGGGCGAGCCCAAAUCGGCUCGCCACCUAAGCAGGGUGGGGGUGGAAAGUCAAUCCUGGCUUUCAGAGCGUAGUGAUCAGACCAUGGCACCUUAAUUGAAGGAGACAUGAUCACAUCUAUACCUACGCCAAAGAUCAAAUCCAGCAUGUGGCCUGCUUGAUGUGUGGGGCCUGAAACAAACUGGGAGAGCCCUAGUGUUGCCAUGGAAGACACCAGGUCCAGAGCCUGUGAGGAGGGAGUGGCAUCAGCAUGGAUGUUGAAGUCCCCCAAUACCAAUAGGUUAGGGAACUCCAAGGCCCAGCCGGCCACCGCCUCCAGUAGGCCUGACAGGGUGGCUGCUGGUGCGCUAGGUGGCCGGUACACCAGCCAGACAGCCAAGCUCACCUCAGAGCCCCACACUAGGCCAACACAUUCAAUGCCAGGGAUCGAUGGCGAUGGUAGAGCCCUGAAAGGACAAUCUUCCCGGAUUAAUAAUGCCACCCCUCCCCCCCCGGCCCACAGUCCGUGACUGGUGGAGGACGGAGAAACCCGGGGGGCGCCAUCUCUCGUAAGGUAACUGUUGCCCCUUCGCGUACCCAGGUCUCCGUCACACAAACCAGGUCAACCACCUGCGAGGUAAAGAAAUCUCGCAGAGUGGCGGUUUUGUUGCCUAUAGACCUGGCAUUGCACAACACCAGUGACGGAGGUGAGUAAUCCUUGCUCACCCUACCCUCGUCCCUCGGGAUGGGGCGCAGAUUGGAAGGGGUACGAGCAUAUCCGUAUCUCGAUCCCCUUCGCCUAUAACAUCUGCCCCCCACCACCAUACCUCCCUCGCCCCUCCACGGUAGCAAUCCCAAGCCUCAUACAAGCCUCCAUUUACAAAAUAGAAAACCAAACCAAACUGAAAACAAUUCUACCUAAGCAAAACCAACCCCCACCCCAAACCACAAUAAAACAGAACAAAAUAAAAAUACAUAGAUAAAAACCACUGUUCACGGUGGUACAAUAACGUAAGAAGUAAAAACACCUUUAAAAUACUUAUAAAAAAUAUAUAAAAACAUUUUUAACAAUUGCUGCGGCAGCACCAGUGUCCUUAAAACUGUAGCGGAGGUGAGUCUGGGCCCCGCCCCCUAGGCCAGGUGGAAUCAGCCUGUAGAGGGACCGGCCUUCCCCAACACUCACGGUGCAGCAGCAGCGAUGUCCCAAUGCCUCAGUGAGGCUUCUCAAAGCUGUGGCGAAGGUGAGUCUGGGCCCCGCCCCCUAGGCCAGGUGGAAUCAGCCUGAAGAGGGAGCGGCCUUCCCCAACACUCACGGUGCAGCAGCAGCGAACAAGAAAAAAAAUAUUCUACACGAAACAGUGGAUGUAUGAUUUUUGUGGUUCAUGCUGAUCUGAUGGUGAGUUUGGGGUAGCCCAAUGCAAAAAUCCUGAGGAUCCAUGUGGAUCUGUGCUUUGUAACCACGUUUUAAGUGGGGAGGGAAGGAAAAGCACUCAAGGGACAAGAGUACGCGUGGAGCAAGCUCUGCUUCUCUCCCUCCCCCCCCCCCCCUUAGCGAGCUGAAAAACUUUGCUGGAGGGACAGAAAAUGAUAGAUUUUUUCAAGCUUGACUAGUGUCAUGUACCACCUGUAUAUCAUUUUCAUAAUAUUCUCUCUUAAGGCAUUACAUGCCGUGAACUUCAUACCUGUGGUCCAUAACUGUUCCCAGUCAGCCAUCAUAAUGUUAUGUCCAACAUCUUGUGCCCAUUUAAUCAUAACAGAUUUCACUGUUUCAUCUUGAGUAUUCCAUUUCAACAGCAAGUUAUACAUUCUUGACAAAUUCUUAACUUUAGGUUCUAACAGUUCUGUUUCCAAUUUUGAUUUUUCCACCUGGAAGCCAAUUUUCUUGUCCAGAUUGUAUGCCUCCAUUAUUUGAUAAUAAUGAAGCCAAUCUCGCACUUAAUUUUUUAGUUUUUCAAAGCUCUGCAAUUUCAAUUUAUCUCCCUCUUGUUCCAGAAUUUCCCAAUAUUUCGGCCAUUUGGCCUCCAUAUUGAGCUUUUUCAGAGCCUUCGCUUCCAUCGGUGACAACCACCUUGGAGUUUUAUUUUCAAGUAGAUCCUUAUAUCUUGUCCAGACAUUAAACAAUGCUUUCCUGACAAUAUGGUUUUUAAAUGCUUUAUGUGCUUUGACCUUAUCAUACCACAAAUAUGCAUGCCACCCAAAUACAUUGUUAAAACCUUCUAAGUCCAAAAUGUCUGUGUUUUCAAGAAGCAGCCAUUCUCUCAGCCAACAAAAUGCGGCUGAUUCAUAGUAAAGUUUAAGGUCUGGCAGGGCAAAUCCACCUCUUUCUUUUGCAUCCGUUAGUAUUUUGAAUUUUAUUCUAGGCUUCUUGCCCUGCCAGACAAAUCUGGAAAUAUCUCUCUGCCACUUCUUGAAACAGUCCAUUUUGUCCACAGUUUGCAGUGUUUGAAACAAAAACAACAUUCUUGGCAAUACAUUCAUCUUUAUCACAGCGAUACGGCCUAGCAGUGAAAGCUUCAAAUUUGACCGUAUUUCUAAAUCUUUUUUCACUUCAGUCCAACAUUUUUCAUAGUUAUCCUUAAAUAAAUUCACAUUUUUAGCAGUCAUGUUAACCCCCAAAUAUUUCACUUUCUAAACCAGUGUUAAUUCUGUCUCCUUCUGAAACCUCUCUCUCUCAAUCACUGUUAAAUUUUUCUCUAAAACCUUAGUUUUUAACUUAUUCAACUUAAAUCCUGCAACCUGACCAAAUUCUUGAAUCAGUUCUAUUACUCUUUUAGUACUAGAUUCUGGCUCCUGUAAUGUCAAUACUAAGUCAUCUGCAAAUGCUUUCAAUUUAUACUGUUUAGCUCCGACUUGUAUACCCUUAACCAAUUGGUUCCUUCUAAUCAUAUUUAAAAGAACCUCUAGGACCGAUAUAAAAAGCAAUGGGGAAAUUGGGCAACCUUGUCGUGUCCCUUCCUCUAUCUUAAAUUCCUCCGUCACCACAUUCUUAACAAUUAGUUUAGCCUUUUGUUCAGAAUAUAUUGCACUUAUACCGUUUUCAAAACCUUGACCAACCCCCAUCCCCUGUAGGUUUCUCUUCAUAAAACUCCAGGAAAUGUUGUCGAAAGCUUUCUCCGCGUCCACAAAUAUCAAAACUGCCUUGGUAUUAAUGUUCACUUGUAAUUUCUCCAAAAUGUUAAUUAUGUUUCUCAUAUUAUCAGACAAGUGUCUGCCCGGGAGAAAGCCUGCUUGAUCUUUGUGUAUCUCUUCCACUAAUAUUUUUUUUAAUCUUUUAGCCAAAAUAUCUGCAAAAAUUUUAUAAUCCACAUUAAGAAGAGAUAUGGGGCAGAGAGCCUGCUUGCUUUAAAGGAGCCUACCGGACAGGAGCCGCUUACAGGAGUGUAAGCGGCUCCUGUCCGGUAGGCUCCUUUCAGCAAGCAGGUUCUGCUCUCUCCCUCCUCCCCUUAGCGAGCUGAAAAUCUUUCCUGCUAUUUCAGCAAGGGGAUGAGAGAGUACAGAGAGCCUGCUUGCUUUAAAGGAGCCAACCGGACAGGAGCCGCUACACUCGUGUGCGGCUCCUCCCUCCCGCUUUGCUCCUUUAAAGAAGCAGGCACUCUGUCCCUCUCUCCUCCCCAUUCAGCGGCUCUUCUCCCACUGGAAACCACGGAGGAGGGAAGCAUUCGCUCUGUAACACACACAGACAUUUCCCCUUACUUUCUAGGAGGAAAAAAACGCGUGUAAUGGAGCGAAAACUACGGUAAUUAGGGCCACGGGCUGAGACUUCCCACUGCCAUUUUACAAGAAGUUCCAAAAACAUUCUUGCUCCCUGUCACAUAAAAAAUGCCUUUCGUUUGUUUGCAAAGCAAGCAUUCCAUUUUGUUUCCUUUUCUGUACUUAACACACUAACUGGGAUGUCUUUGAAAUGGGGCUUGACAAAUAAUUUUAAGUCCAGUGACAAAAUGAUAUUGGAAGACCUACUAGAUCUGUACACUCUGUAGUUCUGAGCAGGAGUAGCCAAUGUGAUUUCAUCCAGAUUUUGCUGGACUACAACUCUUAUCUUUGUUGGCUGGCACUGAUGAGUUGGAAUCCAACAUCUGGUGGGCACCUCAGUGUACAGAAUCGUCAGACAUUGGUAGCAGAGCUUAUACUGUUAUUUCAUUUCUUCCUUUUUUCUCCCCAAAGAAGCAAAGCCUGCUCCAGAAAUCUUUGAAAAUGAAGUCAUGGAGAUGCUUAGAGAGUUUACCAAAAACAAGAACAGAGAAAAGAGACUGCAACAACCAGAUCUUGAGUAUCUUGUUGAAGCUUCACACUGAUCUUGUGGUUUCUGGAGAAGGCCAUACAUUCUGGACAUCCUUUGAAACCUAGAAGCACACACUGUGGUAUUUAGGCCUCUUGAGUCCCACUCUUGUGAAAUAUUUCCUAAAUGGUCUGUUUUCCAUGCUUUGCUUAUCUGUAAUAAAGCUUCAGUGAUGCGGUCCUUUAGAUACUUGGUUAUAGCUCCAAUUAAAUUCAAUGCAACACUUCUGAGAAGACAGGUAUAGAAGUGUUGACAGAGUACCUCUUCUGACUCAGAAUGCACUUCAGCAAUCCCACUGGUAUAGGACUGCAGGGUGAUUGAUAAAAACAAAAGGCACUGUCGUGUGUUCUGGUUCAUUGAGAAAUGCACAUGGUUGUUAAAUUAUACAUAACAAAUCACAGUUGUACCUCAACUUCUGAAUGCCUUAAAAGUCGAACAUUUUGGCUCCUGAACGAUUGAAAACUGAAAGUGAGUGUUCUUGUUUUCAAAUGUUCUUUUGGAAGCCAGACGUCUGACAGGGCUUCUGCGGCUUCCAAUUGGCUACAGGAGCUUUCUGAAGCCAAUCAGAAGCCGUGCUUUGGAAGUGGAACAUUUCAGAAGUUGGAUGGACUUCCGGAACUGAUUCUGUUCGACUUCCAAGGUACGACCCAACAGAUGUCAAGGCAAUAAACAACUAUUUUACUUUUAAAAGACAACUGAAGGCGGCCCUGUUUAGGGAAGUUUUUAAUGUCUGACGCUGUAUUGUUUUUAAUAUUCUGUUGGAAGCCGCCCAGAGUGGCUGGGGAAACCCAGCCAGAUGGGCGGGGUAUAAAUAAUAAAUUAUCAUUAUCAUUAUUCUUAUACAACUGUAGUAUUAUUUUAUAUUCUGCUCAGUUCUAGGAUUCCUGGGCAGAUUUCUGUAUUGUAUGAUUCUGUCCAAAAGGUGAACAAAUGAUUGAGAAUCAUAGAUUUGUGGAAGUCUAUGGUACUCUUCAUGCUAUAAGUGUAUUUUCAAUAAUGAAUGGAUAGCAACCCCAUAUAAUUAAUUCAUUACUGGACAUCUUAGAUGCUGAGGGUACCUUCCUUAAGCCAAUUGCUGGAGUUGGUGCAGUGAUCUGACUCCAUGCAGUCACAUGACAGCAAUGGGGUUGCCUCAGGCCUCCCCACAAGUGCAGCUUUGUUCUGGAUAUACUUACCAGAUUUCAGCUACGUCAGCCUAUGCACUGUUGGGUGUGCCCAUCACUUUCCUUCCAUUCUGCUUGAUAGGUUUAUUUGCUACUGCCUUUGUCCAAUUGCUACAACUCCUGUGUCCCUAGCCUAGAAGACUUUCUUCUUAUUAUUAUUCUUAGCCACAAAUAUUUUUGCAGGAAUUUUGAGACCAGAACUUGUACAUAUUGGUGCUGUUUGUUAGUACAUCUUCAGUAGAUCAAUGAGGCCAACAUUAACAAGCUGCACAUGGAAGAUUUGGCCCUUGCAUAUUGCCCUCGUGUAUGUCCUUGGCAGUGUGUGUGUGCUUAUUAUUUAAAGAUUUUUUUAAUCCCACUCUUCAGCCGAAAAAGGCUCGCAGAGCAGCUUACAAAUCAUUAAAAUCACUAUAUAUGCCCUCAGCCUUACAAUCUAAAAAUACAUGACACAAAGGAAAAUGGAGGGAGCUAGGAGGAAAUAGGCAAACUCUGGUUCAAAUCCAUGUUUUCAAGUUGCUUUAAUGACCAGCUGGGAUGGGAAAAUGCAAGGAGAGGAGGCGCCAAAAGCUACUGAUCUCUCAGCUGUCCCAGUGGAGUGGCCCUACAUUCCUUCUCUUCCAUCAUUGGCAACAGGCAGAUGUAAUUACUGCUACUCAGUGACAGUGGAUGCACAGAGGGGUGUAAUUCCUUCAUAGAGUAGACGGCAGCCCCUAUUCUGUGGUACCUUAUUUUAUGUGUUUUUUGUGGGGGGAAGAGUCAUAUGUUGGGAAUUGUGCCAGGGUCCCCAACUACCUUAAUCCAACUUUGGGACUCAAGGUUUUAGCUGGCACUUGUCAGUAAAAACCAGUGACACAUGGUUAUUGUUUCCCCCCCUGCUGACCCUAUCCUUUAUACCGUAUUUUUCGCCCUAUAGGACGCACUUUUCCCCCUCCAAAAAUGAAGGGGAGAUUUGUGUGCGUCCUAUGGGGCGAAUGCAGGCUUUCGCUGAAGCCUGGAGAGCGAGAGGGGUCGGUGCGCACCGACCCCAUUGCUCUCCAGGCUUCAGAAAGCUAUCCGCAAGCCGUGGGAGAGCUGUGUGACUUCGCGCAGCUCUCCCACAGCUUGCGGAGAGCAGCCUGUUCUGGGGGCUGGGGUCAGGGGAAGCUCGGGCGCCUGUGGGGGAAAUAAUUUUUUUUUUCUUUAUUUCCCCCCCAAAAAACUAGGUGCGCCCUAUGGGCCGGUGUGCCCUAUGGGGCGAAAAAUACGGUAGUUGGUGUCUAUUCAUUUCACUCCUCUUCCCUCAUUUGGUACCGUCUGAUAUAGUGGCAGCUGCUGAAUUAAAUGGAUACUGUCUGUCCUUUGUAGUUGUUGUAAUUUGAUGAGUUUGGCAGUUAGUGAAUACUCACACUGUCUCCCCCGCACCCCCAGAUGUAGAAUAAUUCCCACCCACUUGCUAUACCAAGCAAAGUUUAAUAUAGAAGUACACAAUAUACUGUUAAACAAUGAAUAUCUCCAACUAAACAUUCGAAAAAACUUUCUGGCAGCAAGAGCUGCUCAACAGUGAAACGGACUCCCUUGGAAGGUGGUGGGCUCUCGUUCCUUGGAGGUUUUUAAACAGAGAUUGGAUGGCCAUCUGUCAAGGAUGCUUUAGCUGAGAUUUUUGCAUUGCAGGGGGUUGGGCUAGAUGACCCUUGGGCCCCUUCCAACUCUAUGAUUUAUUACAUUUUUAUACUGCCUUUCAUUCAAAGAUCACAGGGCAGUUCUCAACAUAGACAAACUGAGAACAAAAAAUUAGAAGCCGAAAGUAGAAUUUAACUUACAAGAACAUUAUUAUUUCCCAGAACACAAAAAUGUGUGCCAUUUGCUGACAAAACAAGGUUCUUCACUCCAGAUUCCUUAUUCCAAAGGGGACCACCCUUCCAUUUGAAAAUUUUAUGUGAAAUACUU